UCUCUCUGCCCCGGCACCUGUUUCAGAUCUGUCACACAGGCCAUCAUAUUUUUCCUUUUAAAGAGGCAAGUUAUUUAUUGAUGGUGUAACCGGAGAGAUCCGUGGCAAGGGCCUCCGCGAGAACCCACUGCAAUUCGGGACACCCACUCCUCGGAACAGAGCAGCGUGUGGCAGCCUUGCUAAGUGCCUGGGCUCGAUCAGGGCAGGGCAGCAGCAUCUAAGCCACGAGACUCCCACAGCUGCUCGCAGAGAAUGGACUUCACACUUAGAAGAAAAGACGUCUGGAUUGUAGGUAGCAUGUGCCUUCUCUCGUCUUCAGUGCUCUGGCGCCUGUUCCGGUUCGUUACCACUCGGGGAGGCCAUGGGCAGGCUCCCGCGCUGGAGGAUGUACAGGCAAAGGAGAAGAUGUGGUCCAACACUGGGCUGACAGAAAGGACACCUGAAAAAGGCGAAAGGACACCAACCCUCAUAGAUGAUGUCCCAGCCCCUCCUGCCCCGUUUGGUCAUCGUAUUGUGACAGCCAGACAAGCAGCGGUCAAUAGUCUUUACACUGUGAACAAAACGGAAACUUUGGGAGGGGGGCGUUUCGGCCAGGUUCACAAGUGUGAAGAGAAAGCGACAGGUCUGAAGCUGGCAGCCAAAAUCAUUAAGACCAGAGGCAUGAAGGACAAGGAAGAGGUGAAGAACGAGAUCAGCGUCAUGAACCAGCUGGACCACGUCAACCUCAUUCAGCUCUACGAUGCCUUUGAGUCCAAGAAUGACAUCGUGUUGGUCAUGGAGUAUGUGGAUGGCGGGGAGCUGUUCGACCGCAUCAUUGAUGAAAACUAUAACCUGACCGAGCUCGAUACCAUCCUGUUCAUCAAGCAGAUCUGCGAGGGCAUAAGACACAUGCAUCAGAUGUACAUUCUCCAUUUGGAUCUGAAGCCCGAGAAUAUCCUGUGUGUGAAUCGGGAUGCUAAACAAAUAAAAAUUAUUGAUUUUGGAUUGGCCAGAAGAUAUAAACCCAGAGAGAAGCUGAAGGUGAACUUUGGAACCCCAGAAUUUCUUGCUCCUGAAGUUGUGAAUUAUGAUUUUGUGUCCUUUCCCACCGACAUGUGGAGUGUGGGGGUGAUCGCCUAUAUGCUACUUAGCGGCUUGUCCCCUUUCUUGGGUGACAAUGAUGCGGAGACGCUGAACAACAUCCUGGCCUGCAGGUGGGACUUAGAGGAUGAAGAAUUUCAGGACAUCUCCGAGGAGGCCAGGGAGUUUAUCUCCAAGCUUCUGAUCAAAGAAAAGAGUUGGAGAAUAAGUGCAAGUGAAGCUCUCAAACAUCCUUGGUUGUCAGACCACAAGCUCCAUGCCAGGCUCAGUGCACAGAAAAAGAAGAAUUGCGGCUCCACUGCUCAGGGCCUUGUGACCAAAUAGCCAAUGGAAGGCGCCCUUUUGAAAGGAAAACUGCUGUGGUUACUGCUGCUUUGAGAAGAUUUUUGGAAAAAUCAGCAGUUCUGAUGUUUUUGACCCCUGUGAUGACUGGCGGUUGUAGCAGGGGGAGCCCUUGAACUUGAACUUGGAGGGCCUCUGUCGUGCUCAGAGGGGACAUGAAGUGCCAUGGUCCCUGGGGACACAAGCAGAUCCCUGCACAUUAGGAAGCUGUUUCCCUGCCAUUUCGAGUUUUUAUUUUUUAAUUUUCUUGAUCUUAGUCAGGGGGUACAAUAUGUCUGCCAUUUGUCAGAUUACUAGAGCAAUCAUCCUUGAAAUUUAUUUGAGAUUUUUUAAACCUGGAGGAUGCACGUAGAGGGAGAACACUGCUUCCCAUCAGUAAACUAUGCCUUUGAAAGGGGUGAUGAUAGCACCAGAAGAAAUUCAAAGUCUGGGUGCACCUUGGAGCACAAACGUUCUCAGGCUUGAUCGUUUCGAUCUGAUCUGAAAUCAGGUGAUUACUGAUCAAUGGAUAAAUAAUCAGCCUGCUACAACGGAAGCCCUCUUUGAAUUUUGAAGCAGGGAGCAUCAGAUAUUUUAUCUUCUAUUUAUUUUGAACGGUACCCCAAGCACAUCCAUUUCUUCCAAGUAGCUGAUCUGUUUUCAGAGCAGUGACAUGCCUUCUAAUCCCCACUCCUGGCUGUCUUCUGAUAGACAGAUCAUCCACAUAGAACAUGCUGGUUUUGAAAAGCGGUGCAAAAGGUAUCUGUUCAUGGUGAGUCUUUAAAAUUACAACCUUUGUAAUAAUGUCAACAGUCACAAGAGCUUUCCUUGAACUCCAGCUGCCAAGGAGAAGAGACGAAUCUGCAUCUUGAGGAAGGACAGAGCUUGGCUUCCGGCGUUGCAAUCACUUGGAAAAUAACUCUCAUGUUUCUGGGUAAACGUGAACAUUCACAAAGACCAAUCAUCUCACCCAGACAGAGUCUCAUGUGACUCAGCGGCUGUGAAGAAACAGCCAUCAGAAACCAGAGGCAAAGGGAGCUCCCUACUUGGCUGACCUUUGGGACCUGAGAGAGAAUGCUUUUCAGCUGGAAGCUUGUUAUUCCUGAAUCCGUGAGCCAUCUCAGGACAGAUAUUUAAUGAGAGACAGGAGCUUAGCUGUAGAUGGCAUACAGGACCCAGUCUAGCUUUCAAGAACAAAACGGGUGUCAUUUCCAUAUGAAGAUGAGAGAAUACGAAGUCCACCAAACUCCCAUUACACCAACACCAAGCACCACCCAGCUUCUAGGACUUCCCUCACACUUUCCAUUUCCAAAUAACUGUUGGGUUGAGAUCAGCUAUAAUAAUGCCUUUAUUUUUAGCCAUAAGUUGUUCCAGGCUACUGUUGUCAAGAUAGCAGUGAAAAAAAUAAGACGAAUAGCUUGGUGGCCCUAUCAGUACAGGCAGAUUUAAUUUGCAUUGGCUUUUGUCUAUGACCUCCUGCACCCACCUGAGGAAUGCUUAUAGCUCAGCUCCCCACACAUCCUCAUUCUCCUGCUUCAGGUAAAGGGGCAGUAGAGACAGAAGUUCGUGGUCAUGCUCGCUGUAAAGGGGAGCCUACGGCCAUUGUUCUCCCAACAUGAUGCAUUUCUUUUUCCCUCUGGCCUGUGCAUUUACCCAAGGUUGGUUUCUCAUGUUCCUGUUAUGGGACUACGCUUAAAAUGUUUAAUUUAGUUUUCUUAAAAAAAAAAAAAAAGAAAAAGAAAAACGAAAAA